AUGGGCUCAGACUAUGCGCUCGUCCAUGUCAAGUACACCAUCCCGCCGGCCGUGCUGCUCACGCUGCUCUACCGCCCGCUCUGGUCGAAACUUGAUACCUACAGAGUCGGCUUUCUGGUGUUUAUCGCCGUUACCGCGACCAUCCCAUGGGACUCGUACCUUAUUCGCACCGGCAUAUGGAGUUACCCAAGCCAUGUAAUCGUCGGCCUGACGCUGUUCGAUAUUCCUUUUGAAGAGGUCUUCUUCUUCGUGAUACAGACCUACAACACCUCGCUGCUAUAUCUGCUGCUCAGCAAGCCUACAUACCAGCCGACCUACCUGCGCGCCGCAACCCCCUCUUCACCGGCGCCUUGGAAAUAUCAGAAGUGGGGUGGACAGGUGGUUAUAUCUGCGAUCAUUGCAUAUGGGUGGUACUGCGUGAAGGCCAAUGUGACCGGCACAUACACAGGCUUGAUUCUCGUCUGGGCAGGGCCAGUCUUAUUGGGCUUAUGGACACUGGCGUACCAGUUCAUCCUUGGGCUCCCUCUGUCCAACACCGCGCUCCCUAUCUGGCUGCCCACGAUCUAUCUCUGGAUCAUCGACACCUUGGCGUUGCGCAGAGGGACCUGGGUUAUCAGCAGCGGCACAAAGCAUGGCAUUCACUUGUGGGAUGGGCUGGAGAUUGAAGAAGCAUUGUUCUUCCUCGCCACGAACACGCUGAUUGUGUUUGGUUUAGUCGCUUUUGACAAUGCUCUUGCUAUCCUGCACACCUUCCCCUCGCUAUUCCCGGACCCAGCGCCUCAAUUGCCGUCGCCGGUCAUUCUCAUGCAAGCGCUAUUCGCGUCGCCAAAGAAGUACGACGAAGCCCGCCUUGAAGGUCUGAGAGAGGCUGUCCGCCGAUUGAAGCGCAAGAGCAGGAGCUUCUAUCUUGCAUCUUCAACCUUCCAAGGGCUCCUUCGCACCGACCUACUGUUACUGUACUCCUUCUGCCGUGUUGCUGACGACCUGGUGGACAAUGCUACCACGGCCCAAGAAGCGAAAGAAUGGAUUGCGCAUCUGAACAAAUUCUUGGACCUUGCGUAUAGAGGACCAAGAUCCAGACCUGCGCUUAUCAAAUUGGUUCACGAGCAGUUCCCUGCUGAUACGCGUUCGGCUCUUGUGCAGCUGCCCACCGACAAAUUGUCGCGCCAGCCACUGCAGGAUCUGCUCCUUGGUUUCGACAUGGACUUGGCUUUUGACACAGCAGCACCGCCAAUCGCGAACGAGGACGACCUCAAACUUUACUCAGAGCGAGUUGCGGGCACGGUAGCUCAGAUGUGCAUCGAGCUCAUCUUCCGCACAUAUCACAGCAGCCUGAGUAAGGAAGAGCAGCGCGCGGUAGAGAACGCCGGCAACCUAAUGGGAGUAGCACUGCAAUACGUCAACAUCGCACGAGAUAUCGCUGUAGACGCCAAGAUCGGUCGUGUGUAUCUUCCCACAACAUGGCUGUCAGAGGCAGGCUUGACUCAGGAGCAAGUUCUGAAGGAACCCGCAGGGCCGCGAAUUGAAAGCAUACGCAAUCGUCUUCUGGACAACGCAUUCAAGCUAUACAACGGAUCUAAGCACUCCAUCGAGCAGCUGCCAUCCGAAGCUGCAGGUCCAAUAAGGGUAGCAGUCGAGAGUUACAUGGAGAUUGGGAGAACAUUGCGACAAGAAGGGUAUGUGGUGAAGGCCGGGCGCGCAACUGUGCCGAAAUGGAGAAGGCUGCUUGUGGCCUGGCAGACACUGAACCAGACGAGCAAGUCUCGGUGCGGGCCGUAAUCGUUGAUUAGCGUAUACCCAUAAGAUUAAUGAACAAACUGCUUGAAUAG